AUGUCAGAACCACAGUCGGCGCUAUUAUUAAAGAAACAACUGACUGAAUUGCACAAGAACCCAGUAGAAGGGUUCUCUGCUGGUCUUAUAGACGAUAAUGAUAUUUACAAAUGGGAAGUGCUCAUUAUUGGACCUCCAGACACCUUGUAUGAAGGAGGAUUUUUCAAGGCUCAUGUUAAUUUUCCAAAGGAGUAUCCAUUGAGGCCACCAAAAAUGAAAUUUGUUACAGAAAUUUGGCACCCUAAUAUUGAUAAAAGUGGUGAUGUUUGUAUAUCAAUACUUCAUGAACCCGGUGAUGAUAAGUGGGGUUAUGAAAAAGCAAGUGAACGUUGGUUACCAGUGCAUACCGUUGAAACUAUAUUGAUAUCAGUUAUUUCAAUGUUGGCCGAUCCAAAUGAUGAAAGUCCAGCUAAUGUAGAUGCAGCUAAAGAUUGGCGUGAUAAUUAUCCAGAAUUCAAACGCAAGGUUGCACGUUGUGUGCGUAAGAGUCAAGAGGAUAUCUAA